CGGCAAGAGGGCAAAUAAAUAGAGGCAGAUCCAGAGACAGGUCGCAGAUCUACUCCCAACAGAUACACGAAGACCAAAGAAACAUCAUUUAAAACCCAGAGCACCCAGGAGAAGCCCAUCUCAAGUGAUUCACUUCAGCCAUGGAACAGCUCCAGCUGCUGCGGGUCUUCCUGCUGUGCCUCAUGGCCCUGCACCAGAGUGUGGCCCUUCCGCUGAACAGCCAGUGUGUGGAGGAGUCCUUCUGCACAUACAGCCUGCAGGACUACUACAGCCAGCUGGUAAACCUGCCCAGCCACAUCAAUGAGCGCAGCAUCGCCACCUGGAGCUACGUGGAGAACAUCGACCUGAACCGGGUACCUCAGGUCAUCCAUGAGGCCAGCUGCCACAGCAGCCACUCCUGCAGGGGGCUGGACAGUGCUUUUGGUCUUGAGACCAUCCCUGUAUCCCUGAGGAUGCCUGUCCUCAGGAAGAACCCCAGCUGCUUCGCCUCAGCCAGCUACUCACUGGAGUUUGAGCUCAUCACCAUAGCGUGUAUAUGUGCCAUCUCCAGGCAUAGCUGAGCAGGAAGGGCUGAUCGGCCAGUCACAACAAUACAUCAUCAAUGUAUUGUUCCCUAUAUGGACAUGGCCUCAUCUUUUUUUGCUGACCUACAUAUUGUCAUUUGUUUUAACAUGCGUGUUUGUUUUCAUGAGAAAGUCACCCAAAUUUUAGCCAACAUGAUGCCAGAGCGUUCUUUCACAGCACCUAAGAAUGAACAUGUCACUUCCCUGUCACAUGUCCCCUCGUCUGCUCUCUUUGUCAGACUCACAGAGCAGGAUUUGGGGCUAGUAACUUCAGAUUAAACCCCGGGUCUUCAGUACUAAGACUGUGGUUCCCUUCUUAAUGGGAUAGCUGGAGCCUUAUGCUGCACACCUGACCUUUCCGGAUCAGGUGAUGUUCAAGAUUGGUGCAUGGCUCCAGACACGGUAUUAGGAGGUCAAGAGUGUCCAGAGACAAAUAUUUAUUAUUUAUGCCUUAUUCUAUUAGCUGCAAGCCUGGUGGGUUAAAACAGUCUAGGGAGAAAAUAAAAACAUAUCUCAGAGUGGUGAACAGUAGAAUGCACUUAAAAUGUAAAUGUUUGGCAAUUUAAUGCUAGUAAAUAUUCCUUGUCUUCUUUAAAGAAAAAAGGAUAGGAAGAAUAAGAAGAAAAAAUAAAAAGCUGCGUUCAAGCAACAAAUUAAUUAAAUGUUAUACACAUAUCAAUUUACUUUUACUCAAGAUAAGUCGACAUAAUAUUAACCGGUUAAUUUAAGCAUUACCUAGGGGUUUAUUUUGCCACCUGUCCUUCCUGUAUUUGGCCUCUUAAAAUAUGUUGCUUUUAGAUUGGAUUAAGUGUUAAACGUGUUUGUGUUUUGCCUUGUAUUUAGAUACAUUAUUGAAUGCUGUUUAUUUGUAAAAUAUGAAUAUUGUCUAUUUUUCAAUCUUUGUGAUUGGUCAUGCACUGCAAACUCCGCUCCUUUUAUGUGAACCCAGUCAUAGUUCAUCAGCAUUGUAGGCAUUGUUUUUGUUGGGGUUAGUGAAGCCAGACAAAGAAAGAUAUCCUGGGAACUGGCUUCAGAGAAGAGGAAACAGGUGCAGGUGAGGUAAUGCUGAGGAUAGGUGUUUUUACCUUUGCUGACAGGCCAGAAAGUUUGGAAGAAUAUUGGUCAAAUGGGCGUAAAAUCUACAGCUCCAUGGUGGGCACAUUUUUGGUUAAACUGAGAGUCAAGAGAUUGAAUAGUAAAGACAAAACAGUGGAAACAUAAAGUGGCUAUGAAUUAUAGCUUAUAUGUUGUGACUUUGCACUGUCAUUAAAGAUCCUUAACACUGAAAAAAAACAAAUCCAGUCAAAAUGUCUGAAUAUAUUUUAAAGAAUUAAACAUGUAUAUGCAUUAUUGUGCUAUUAUAUUAUCAUUUCUUAUCCGUGGCAUA